AUGAAAAACGCACUACUUGCAUUAUUAGGUCUAAUGGCUACAGCCAAAGGCCAAGCUAAUAGAUAUAGUCCCCUUCUCGGGCCUGUAUUCCCUCACGCUGCCAAUUUUUCCUCAAACAAUGCAUUCCAUGACAUGACCAUGAACCUUACAACAACACUUGAGGACAUCAUUCUUGCUGGAAACUCUACAUCUACCUCCAGAUCCGUAAUCAACUCAGAAGAUACCUCAUUCGCACUCCAGAUCUUUUCAUCUGACACCAUCGGAAUGGACAACGGAAACAAUACCUUGUUUCAAUGGUUUUAUACUUCACCUGCGACGCAGAAUUCAUCCUCCGGGGUAAAAGAGGUAGACGAGAAUACGGUCUUCCGGAUUGGCAGCGGAUCCAAACUUUGGACUGUGCUUUUGUUUCUGGUUACCGCUGGAGAGGCACACUUGCAUGACCCGGUUACGAAGUGGGUGCCGGAGUUACAGGCAGCUAUUAACGCCGCUCCAGGCGAUGAUUCGGUUGAUUAUGUGUCUUGGGAAGAUGUGACGAUUCAGGAGUUGGCUAGUCAUCUUUCUGGUGUUGGGAGGGAUUACGCAUUCUCGGAUCUAGCUACUAUGGAUCCUGAUCUGACGGGGGAAGGAUUUCCGUCUCUUAGCAAGAAUGAGACGCCGCCAUGUGGAGUGACGGCGCCUUGUACCAGAGCUCAAUUCUUCGACGGCAUAACAAACACACAUCCCAUAGCUCCAACGUCAUAUACACCAAUCUAUUCGAAUGCUGCUAUACAGAUCUUAUCUUAUGCCUUGGAGGCCAUCACCAACGAAACAUACGAUGCUUUAUUAGAGGAAUAUCUUUUUGAGCCUCUUGGACUCAAUAGUUCGUAUUACACUGUACCGGCGGAUAACGUGGGAAUCAUACCUCGGAAUGCAUCGACCAGUCUUUGGAACUUGAGCGCUGGGGACGAGACUCCAGCCGGAGGCUUGUACGCAUCAAUCAAAGACCUCUCCACCGUCGGCCGAGCAAUCCUCAACAACGCCCUUCUAUCCCCAGCAACAACACGAAGAUGGCUCAAACCCAUAACACACACAGCAUCUCCCUCCUAUUCCGUCGGCGCACCAUGGGAAAUAUACUCUUUCGAGAAUGUCGAUGGACGUACAGUCGAUCUCUACACUAAAUCCGGUGACUUGGGCGCUUAUUCGUCUAUGACGGCUCUUUUACCGGACUACAAUAUUGGAUUCACCAUUCUUGCGGCUGGCCCAGGGACUACGGAACUCGUUGCAGCGUUAACAGAUGCUGUUGCUCAGUCGUUGAUUCCUGCGUUAGAGUUGGCGGCGAGAGAGAAAGCUAGACAGAUUUAUACAGGAGUCUAUAGUGGGCAAGGGACGGAUAAAAAGAAUUCGUCGUUAGUGAUCAGUAUGGAUAACGGACCCGGACUCAAAGUAACGCAAUGGGUCAGUGAUUCGCAAGAUAUGCUCCAAGUUGCCGAAGCUUUGACUGGGAGUGAUAGCCUCGAGGUCCGGCUUUAUCCAACAGCUUUACAGCAGAAGCGAGACGGGUCAUGUCUAAUGCAAUCUUUUCGGGCCGUGUUUGGCUCUCCAACAACUUCCAACAAAUUCAUUGGCCCUGUCACGGGAUCAUCGAUCUCUUGGGAGUUCGUGGAUUCUUACAAGUAUGGAAAUGUUGGUGUUGAUGAGUUUCUGUUCGAGUUGGACACUGGUACGGGUAAGGUGGUUAGUGUUUCGCCGAGGGCGCUCAGGCAGACUCUCCAAAAAGCUUAG